UAAAAUGCUCCCGUCCUACCUGUGGGUUCACUUUGCCACUGUGCUGACACGAGUCAGAGUCUGCCUCUGCUGCACCUUCUCGGCAUCGGAAGGAACACCUCCCAAGAUUUCCCCAUGUCUUUCGACCAAGAAAACUGCUACCUGUGUAAGGAAUAUCUCAGGGACCCAGUGUCCAUCCCAUGUGGACACGUCUUCUGCUCAAUCUGCCUGAAGACAUACUGGGACCACGCUGAGAGCACAGGGUCCUACCUCUGCCCUGAAUGCAGAGUGACCUACAACAAGAGGCCCACGCCGAGACGUUCGGGAGGCUCCCGGUACUCCACCACCCAACGUAACUCCGAGCCCGCUCCACCUGCACCUCCCUCCCCUGACUACAACUAUGCAGGACCCCAGGAUGUCGGCUGCGACAUCUGCGUGGGCAAAAAGCACAAAGCCAUCAAGACCUGUCUGAUGUGCUUGGCCUCCUACUGCGAGAAGCACCUCAAGCCUCAUUUUGAGUCAGCCACCUUCAAAAGGCACAAACUGGUGGAUGAAAUCGGCCACCUGGACAGGCAGAUCUGCCCGCAGCAUCAGAAAGGUCUGGAGCUGUUCUGUCGCACUGACCAGAUGUGCAUCUGCGUGCUGUGCACGGUGAAGGAACACAAGGGUCACGACAUGGUGUCAGCAGAGCAGGAACGAUCUGAGGAGCAGCAACGACUGGGCGCCACCCAGGCUGAGAUUCAGGAGAAAAUUCAUGACCGUCUGAAACAAAUGGAGGAACUAAAACAUGCAGUGGAUGCGCUGAAGAACUCGGCCCAGAGAGCGCUGCAGGAAUGCGAGAAGAUGUUCAGUGACAUGAUGCGCUCCAUUGAGAGGAUGCAGCAGGAGAUGGCGAAGCUGAUAUCAAGCAACAAGAGAGCAGCGCUGAAUAACGCCGAGGGUCACAUGGAGCGUCUGAGCAACGAGAUUGACGACCUUAAGAGGAGAGACAACGAGAUCACCCAGCUGUCCCGCACCGAGGACCACAUCCACUUCAUCCAGAGUUACCACAUGCUGAUAGCCCAGACAGAGGCUGAGGAGCUGCCCUCGGUAACCGUUAACCCCUACUUCACCUUUGGCCCCGUGACCAAGGCUGUGUCCGAGAUGAAGCAGCAUAUGAACGAAUUCAGCAAUGAUGAACUGGUAAAGGUCGCCACGACAGUGAAUAAAAUGACCUUCUGUCAGCUGGAUGAACCCAAGAAAAGAAAGUCAAUCAAAGGUGAGGAAGCCGUGGUGUUCAAGGAAGCUGCGAUGUACAAGUCCGUCCCAGUCCAGGAGCCUCAGUACAGAGAAGAAUUCAUGAGAUAUGCCUGCCAGCUGACUCUGGACUCGAACACAGCCUACAGACAGCUCUACCUGUCUCGGGGAAACAGAAAGGCCACUCUAAAGAGAGACCCCCAGAAUUACGGCAACAGCUCAGCCAGAUUUGACUCCCUGCCUCAGGUCCUGUGUAAGGAACCCCUCUUUGGAGGAACCUACUACUGGGAGGUGGACUGGAGUGGUGAGGGAGCUGCCAUCGGAGUUACCUACAAAGGCAUCAAGAGGAUAGGCUACGGCGACAGCUGCCGCAUCGGCUACAACCGCAAGUCAUGGAGUCUCUUCUGCUCCGACUCCAGCUACUCGGCCCGCCACAACAAGGAACAGAUAGACAUCAAAGCGCCCUACUCCUCCCGUAUCGGGGUUUUCCUGGACCACAAUGGGGGUACGCUCGCUUUCUACGCAGUAGGAGACACCAUGUCUCUCAUCCACCGCUUCAAUGCAUCAUUUGCUGAAGCUGUCUAUCCAGGUUUCUGGGUUUGGUAUGAGUCAGCUAUCACCAUCGUGCAGGUGUGAUUUAAUAACCUGUUGGGUCGUUUACUGAAAACAUUACUGCUUUAUGAUAACUUCACACAGGUAUUUUUGUAACAAAUUGAAAUUGUUGAUAAAAUAAAAUAAAAUAAUUUAAAUGUGAA